GACUGUCAUCGGCUUUUGCUGAGUAUGAUGUCGUUCUCAGAUUUGCCUCGGGAUGAAGGGUGCUACUAGGUACUUCCCCGCCCCCGCUCUGUCAACAAGGCCACAAACUGGGAAGCUUGGGAUGUGGAACGUCGACUUGAGAUCUUUCUUCGCUCGCAAAGAGUUCAAGAUCAUAAUACGUACUUGAAAAUGUCAGACAUUCAAUCAAAAGCCAACAGCCGGCUCACUCAAGUCACCGAUUUCUUUACCGGUAACAGGACUGCCACGACUAUUCCAUUCGACCCUAAUUUCACCAAGUUUCCCAAUAGAAAGGAUGUUCCGCGAAGAGAGGAUGCUCCUGAAGGAGCUGCGUGGGUUUGGGGAACUGAUGACUACAUAGGAAGAUUGAAUCUUCUCACACCUGCUCGAGUUGCUGCCGCGUCCAAUGAAAUCCAAAGUGGGGAGAUCGUUCCAUUGAACCUCCCUUUGAACGUACCAGAAAUACCAGCUUUCGCCCGAGAACCAUUCGAGCAUAGCAUUAAAGAGCUAGCUCCUGGUUUGGCUUAUGAUGAUAUAUACUCAUUGAACACGCAAUCAGGUACACAAUGGGAUGGUUUCAGGCAUAUUGCACACAUGCCCACAGGCAAAUUUUACAAUGGGACUACAGGGAAGGAUAUAACUGGAGCUGAGAAGGACGAUAACAAAUGCGGAAUUCAUCAUUGGGCUGAGCAUGGGAUAGCUGGUCGCGGCGUCUUGAUUGACUACUGGGCUUAUGCGAAGGAGAAUGGAAUUGUCUAUGAUCCAUUUGACUAUCACACUAUAUCCUAUGCUGAAUUGCAAGCGGCCGGGAAGGCCCAAGGUAUCGAUAUCCGCCCUGCUUCUCAAGGCGGAAAUAUUCAAAUCGGAGAUUUGCUCUUCAUCCGUUCGGGCUUCGUAUCUACAUACCAUACCAAAUCACCAGAAGCACGAAACGCCGCUGCUCUCAGACCACACGGAAUCGGACCCGAUGAUGGUCAGAGGUGGGCCGGUCUCAAGCAAGAUGAGGAUAUGCUUGAUUGGUUACAUGAUUGUUACUUUUCGGCUGUAGCGGGUGAUGCGCCUGCUUUUGAAGCUUGGCCAUCUCAAGAGCAUUACAUGUUGCAUGAAUAUAUACUCGCCAUGUGGGGUAUGCCCCUAGGAGAAAUGUUUGACUUGGAGAAGUUGGCGAAGACGUGUAGAGAGAAAGGAAGGUGGAAUUUUUUCGUUACUAGUGCUCCAAAUCACUGUCAGGGAGGUGUAUCCAGCCAUGGGAAUGCAAUUGCUAUAUUCUGAGAUUCUGCGCAAGUGUAUAUCUUCGUCAUUCUUUUGGGGGGAGCUAUUCAUCAUCACAUUGUCAUAAUUUGCUCAAUAUGUAGUUUUAUUCUUUAAACAUAUUCACCCUAUCCUUUAUCUCUUGCAUUUGAAUCGGAUCAAAAUUAUCAAAUCCAAUAGCUUUUCCAUCUCAAUAUCCCAAAGAAAAUAAUCACUCAUCCUCAUCCACGCACAUCAAUUGACUUCUAUCUCUCACACGUCUCGAAAAUCCGAAUCCAACUCUACGAGCACGUAUAUCCAGAUCAUCAUGACCCACGAACGCCACCUCCACACAUGCAAUUUUAGCCAUCUAAAUCCUA